AUGUUGGAGGUGGAGUCCCUGUGGGUUGUGGGGGGAGGUCCUGCCCCUGGAGGGCCCCCCCCGUUCCCUCCCUGCAUGCGCUGUUUGUUUGGGGGGGUGCUAACUGUCCCCGUGUCUGUCCCAGGCUGCCUGUUCGACAGGAGACUCUGCUCCCAGCAGGAGGUCUGUGUGCAGGAUGGCUUGUUUGGGCAGUGCCAGGAGAGCGCGGCCCGUGACAGGCCCUACUUCCAGGUCACCUCGCCGGUGCUCCAGCGCCUGCAGGACGUGCUGCGCCGCCUCACGGCCCAAGGGUUGUCGUGGCAGGAUGACAUCACACAGUACGUGAUCUCCCAGGAGAUGGAGCGAAUUCCCAGGCUGCGUCCGCCCCCUGCACGGGAGCCAGCGGCCAAGGAGAGGUUCUCACCGCUGCAUGCCGCUCCCCGGAUGGCCCUGUUCCCGUCAGAGCCCAGCCAGUUGGGCAGCGCCCUGCAGAUGGCUCCGCGCCCACUGCCAGCCAGUGCCAAGAAGUCCCCGCGCCUGGAACCGCAGCCCCCGCUGCCCCCUGCCCUGCUGCAGCGAUACCUGGAGCUUCUGCUGCUGGGCCCCCCGCCUGAGCUGGGCUAUGAGGAAGGCCUGCUGCACCCCUAUUCGUACCACAAGUUUGGCUACCAGGAUGGUGCGCGGCAGCUGAGCCCUCUCCGGGGCAAUUCGGCCAGGCAGAGCCCUGAGGCCCCCACUCUCCUUGGCAGGGCCCCUGCCCAGGCCUCCCAAGCCCUCUUUGGGGCCAGCCCCAUCCCUUCCUAUGGGGGGCAGCCAGGGCUGGACGGGGGGCAUCUCUUCCAGGACCUGGGCAUGCUCUACCUGCCGAGAGAGAAGGCGAGCCGGUUGGCCCCUGCCAGCACAAAGGCCCAGCACGGCCAGGGGCUCCCCCCGGACUAUGCCGAGCCCGACGAAGAGAACAGACAGCAGCAGCCAGCCCUGGGUCCCCAGGUGCAGUCAGAUGCAGCCCUGCAGAGACUAGUGGCGGUGCUGGCCGACUACGGGGUGGGGCUGCAGGACCUGAGUCCCCAGCAGCUCGGCAGCCUCUCCGCCCUGCUGCAGCUGCUCCAGCGCCCCGGUGGGUUUGGCCAGGAGGCUCCGGAGGCCAAGCGGGUGACGGAAGGGGAAAUGCAGCACGGGGAGGAGCCGGAGCCACCCCCCUCCACGGUGCCUCCCGCUGAGAAUCCAGCCAGUGCCGCCUCCCGGACGGAGGGGCCGAGAUGGGAGGAGGCGGCUGGCCCGGCACGGGGCAGUGCCAGGCCUACGUCGGUGUCCCAGGCUGAACCAGGGGACGUGCUCCAUCUCCCAGUGCAGAAGAAGAGCUACACGGAGCCCAGGGGCCAUGGCGGGAAGGGGGAGCAGCUGGAGCCCCGGCCCGCUGAGGAGUACGGCUACAUCGUCACUGACCAGAAGCCGCUGGGCCUCGCUGUCGGCGUCCGGCUGCUGGAGAUCCUGGCCGAGCACGUCCACCUGUCCACGGCCACCUUCAUCAACAUCAGUGUCGUGGGCCCAGCUCUCACCUUCCGGAUCCGGCAGAACCAUCAGAACCUGUCGCUGGCGGAUGUGACCAAUCAGGCCGCGAUGGUGAAGUCGGAGCUGGAGGCCGAGCUGGGGCUCAAGAUUGUGCAGAUGGGCGUGGGGCAGCGCAAUGAGGCCGCCCCGUACCCGCACCCCUCGCACUUCGGCGACACCUUCCACUCCGUGCUGCUCACCUUCCUGGCCCUGGCCUGCGUGGCGGGCGUGGUCAUCGCCGCCGCCAUCGUCUUCUGCCUGCGCCAGCACGCCAAGCAGCGCGAGAAGGACCGGCUGGCGGCCCUGGGGCCCGAGGGCACCGGGGACAGCACCUUCGAGUACCAGGAGCUGUGCCGGCAGCACAUGGCCGCCAAGUCGCUCUUCGGCCGCGCGGACGCCCCCCCGGCCCCGGCCGAGAACUCCCGGGUCAGCAGCGUCUCGUCCCAGUUCAGUGACGCCCCCCAGGCCAGCCCCAGUUCCCACAGCAGCACGCCAUCCUGGUGCGAGGAGCCAGUGCAGUCCAACAUGGACAUCUCCACCGGCCACAUGAUCCUGGCCUACAUGGAAGACCACCUGAGGAACCGCGACCGGCUGGCCAAGGAGUGGCAGGCACUGUGCGCCUACCAGGCUGAGCCCAGCGUCUGCACUGCCGCCCAGAGCGAAGCCAACCUGAAGAAGAACCGCAACCCCGACUACGUGCCCUAUGACCACGCGCGGAUCAAGUUGAAGGCCGAGAGCAACCCAUCCCGCAGCGACUUCAUCAACGCCAGCCCUAUUAUUGAGCACGACCCGCGGAUGCCGGCCUACAUCGCCACGCAGGGGCCCCUCUCGCACACCAUCGCCGACUUCUGGCAGAUGGUGUGGGAGAACGGCUGCACGGUGAUCGUCAUGCUGAGCCCGCUGGUGGAGGACAGCAUCAAGCAGUGCGAUCGCUACUGGCCUGACGAAGGCUCCUCCCUCUACCACAUCUACGAGGUGAACCUGGUCUCGGAACACAUCUGGUGCGAGGACUUCCUCGUGCGUAGCUUCUACCUGAAGAAUGUGCAGUCGCAGGAGACCCGCACCCUGACCCAGUUCCACUUCCUGAGCUGGCCAGCAGAGGGCAUCCCCACCACCACCCGCCCCCUCCUGGACUUCCGCAGGAAGGUCAACAAGUGCUACCGGGGUCGCUCCUGCCCUGUUAUCGUGCACUGCAGUGACGGGGCAGGCAGGACCGGGACCUACAUCCUCAUCGACAUGGUACUAAACCGAAUGGCCAAAGGAGUGAAGGAGAUUGACAUCGCUGCCACGCUGGAGCACGUCCGUGACCAGAGGCCUGGCAUGGUGCAGACUAAGGACCAGUUUGAGUUUGCGCUGACGGCCGUGGCAGAGGAGGUCAAUGCCAUCCUGAAGGCGCUGCCACAGUGA